AUGCAAGAGACACUAACCAGGCUACUAGCUCUGCAGCAACACAACUCUGCGGGUCACUCUGGCAGUUCUGGUAUUCUAGGAGGAGGCCCACACGUUGGCUCUCAGCUUUCGAGCUCAGAAACAAACCGUUUUCGUCAAGUUAAGCUUGAAUUUCCCAAAUUCUCAUCAGGAGAUCCAUCCUCUUGGAUCACAACAGCUGAAAGGUAUUUUCAUUUUUAUAAUAUUCCAGAUACUGAACGCGUGCUUUUAGCUUCCAUUUAUUUCGGAGAUCCAGUAGCUUGUUGGUUUAACGGAUCAUUUGAUGAUGGUUGUUUCCCUACUUGGAAUGUAUUUUGUGUUGCUUUACAAUACCGCUUUGGCCCUUCUGAAUUUGAAGACCAAGCUGGUGCAUUAGUUAAACUACAGCAAACAGGAUCCGUCGGGGAGUAUCAAUCCUUUUUUGAACGCUUGGCAAGCAAAGUUCCAGGGGUUUCCAUCCCUAUGCUGCGCAGCAUCUUCAUCUCCGGGCUCAAACCGAAGAUUCAUAGACUGGUGCUUAGACACAGACCUCAUGAUUUCCAUGAAGCCUUCGCUCUUGCUCGAGUUUAUGAGGAUCAGUUUUCUGAAGAACGUUCACAGAAACCAUGGUUCAAUUUACCAAAACCUUCCACCGCUACACUCACACCCACUGACCCUAAAAUAACCACCAUACCAACAAAAACAUCCCAACCAAUAUCCAUCACUAAUCUUCCUAUUCGCAGAUUAUCACCAGAAGAAAUGCAAGUCAAGAGGGAUAAAAACCUAUGUUAUAAUUGUGACGAGCGAUAUGUCUUUGGCCAUAAAUGCAAAGGUCAUUCCACACUCCUCUAUUUAGAAGGUAUGGAGGAAGAACCGGAUCCUCCUGAUGAUACAGUUGCAGUGACUUAUAUACCCGAAGUGGUAGUGACACCAGAAAUAAGCCUUAAUGCUUUAUUUGGUACAUCCUCCACCAGAUCGUUUCGUUUACAAGGGUUGAUUGAUGGCCAUGUAACUCAUAUCUUAGUAGACGGAGGGAGUACUCACAACUUUAUUACACCACACAUGGCCCGUUUCCUUAAUUUGUUUUUGUUGUGUAAUCCACCCUUCAAGGUGCAGGUGGGCAAUGGUGACUAUCUCAUCUGCUCUGCCAAAUGUUCGAAGACUCCAAUUUGGAUUCAGGAUCAUUUAUUCCUCGUGGAUCUCUUUGUUCUAGAAUUAAAGGGAGCUGACAUCGUGCUUGGAGUGCAAUGGCUGGCCACCUUGGGUCCGGUUGUCACGGACUAUCAAGCCCUUACCAUGUCUUUCACUCACCAGGCAGCAACUAUUACCCUCCAGGGGGAUAAUCCAUUUCAAGCGAACCCAAUUUCAACGGCCCAACUCCACAAGUUAAUCACACAGGACUCCAUAACAGCUUGUUUAAUGUGUUUCCAGCCAGAGAACCACCUCUAUUCGCCCCCACCCGAGACCAUCUAUGCAACAGAAACCCGAACCUUACUCUCUCAAUUUUCAGAAGUAUUUACUGAACCAUCAACACUGCCUCCAGAUCGCAGCCACAAUCACCACAUUGUAUUGGAACCUGACACCAAGCCCAUACAAGUUAGAUCAUAUCGUUAUCCCCAUUACCAGAAAAAUGAAUUUGAAAAAUUAGUGAAGGAAAUGUUACUUACAAGAGUCAUUCGAUCCAGCCACUCGGCUUUCAGCUCCCCUGUCCUUUUGGUGAAGAAGAAGGACGACACGUGGCGUUUCUGUAUGGACUAUAGAGCAUUCAAUGCAGUCACAGUCAAGGAUAAGUUUCCCAUUCCCACCAUAGACGAGCUUCUUGAUGAAUUACAUGGUGCCGUAAUUGUUUCCAAACUGGACCUCCGCUCUGGCUAUCACCAAAUCAGAAUGGCCACUGCAGAUAUUCAUAAAACUGCGUUCCAAACUCACCAUGGACAUUACGAAUUUUUGGUGAUGCCAUUUGGCCUCUCCAAUGCUUCGUCCACCUUCCAAGCAACCAUAAAUGAGGAGCAUAUUCAACACUUAGUUGUUGUUCUCACCACUUUACAAAAGCACUCCUUGUAUGCCAAAUUAUCCAAGUGCUUGUUUUUCCAGCAUACCAUCCAAUUCUUGGGUCAUCUCAUUUCGGGACAGGGUGUAUCACCAGACCCACAGAAGCUACAAGCCAUUGCAGAUUGUCCUCCACCAAAGUCAGUCACACAAGUCCGCACGUUUUUGGGCCUUUCUAGAUACUACAGAAGAUUCAUAAAAAAUUAUGCCCAAAUUGCAAGCCCUUUGACUGAUUUACUUACGAAGGAUGGAUUUCAUUGGUCGGUAUAUGCCACCACAUCAUUUCAGGAACUCAAAAAUAAGCUCACAUAA